AUGGCCGCCACUAGAACGUCUACCCGUCAAGCGGCUCAGAAGGCGAAGGAAGCCAUUGCGGCUGCUCCGGAUGUCAAGAGCCGAGGUCCUGCUGGCGCAAAGCGUAAGGAAACCACUGACAAGGGCCCUGCACCGAAGAAAGGAAAGAAGGAGGAUGACAAGGUAAAGCCCGAGGAAAAUCAGCAGCCGACGACCGAGGAAGAAGUGAAGACAACAGAAGAACGUGCGGAAGAGCCGGAAAAGCCAGAGUCGAAGUCUGAAGAAGAACCUGAGAAGCCUGUCGAAAAGGAAGAACCGCGGAAGACGGAUGAAGAGCCCGCAGCGGCACCAGCUGAGCCUGCCGACAAAGUUGAGGAUCAACCAAAACCAGAUGAAAAACCCGAGGAGAAGCCAGAAAAGGAUGUAGAGGAGAAACCAGAAGAAAAGAGUGAGGAGAAACGCGAGGCUGAGCCAGAGACAAAGCAAGAGGAGAAACCCGCUCCUGCUGCUGACAGCGCCGAAGCCGGUGUCAAGACAUCCCAGGAGCGGGAGGAGAAGGUCGCAUCAAACGUACUCGAAAAGGGAAUCAUCUAUUUCUUCUACCGACCGCGCGUAAAUGUGACCGACCCGCAAAGCGUUAGCGAUGUUGCCCGGAGCUUCCUGGUGCUGCGACCAACACCCAUUGGUGCCACAUUGAAUCAACAGCAGGGCUCUGUGGAGCCUGGCGCAAAGUGCCGGCUAUUGAUGCUGCCCAAGAAGAAAUUUCCUACCUCUGGUAAAGAACGUGACAUGGGGUUCGUCGAAAAGGCUGGACAGAGUAUGAAGUCACUCCAAGAGACCUUCAUUGCUGGCGAUACAUACGAAACGUCUACCCGUGGUGAGCGAACCGUUCCCGAGGCCAGACCGUUUGCUGAGGGCGUCUACGCCAUCACAUCUACGACUCGGGCGUCUCACUUGGCUUAUGUCUUGACCAUUCCGGAGACUAUCGGAUCCAUCCAGGAAGACUUUGGUUUGCAUUCUCGAGGCAGUUGGGUCAUCCAGUCGAAGAACCCUAAAUACCCCGGCCCAUCCUAUGCUCAGAUCCAAAAGGACCCCGAGUAUCCCGAAAGUGUGCGCGAAAAGUUCGGCGACUACCGUUGGGUCCCGUUGCAGCCAGAAUUUAUCGACUACCCCAACGCACAAUUCCUGAUGAUCGGCGAGGCUACCGACGACCUGGGCAAGGCCGCGACAGCCGAAGAGGGCGACAAGCAGGCCAACGAAGCACAGCCCGGCGAGGAACUAGAGAAGUUGGAACAGGAGAAUGAAGAGCGGAUUGAAGCUCUACGGGGCGAUGACACCAUCUAUGAAGAUCUCGGAUUGGAUGCGAAGAACUAUCCCAAAGUGCCGACGACCUGGAAUGGCGAAUGA